CUCGUUACUGUUCAUUACAAAAUGGUAACCUUUUUAUUUUUCUGUUUUUCUCCUGAAUUUGAUGACUUGUAUGAUAUCUGAGAAAAACCGAAAAACCCUUCUUCAUCCCCUUUUCAUUUUGAUUCGACUCCGUUCUAAAACCCGAAGAUUUCGUUGUUCGGCAAUUUGUUGUGGAAGGAUUGCCAAUUUGCAUGUCCGAGGAGCGCAAAUUUGCGGUGUCAAUCUGAAUCCCUAAACUUUGGAUAUUGAGAAACACUUGUUAGAUUUCUGUGGGAUUUGCAAAAUCUGGAAGAAGGGUGCGUUGAUGUUUGUUCCGGUGAGUGAUUGAUGGGUUCCCCUAAAAAAUCAGGAACUGCUGGUUCAAUGGCGAAUGGGGAUGGAAGAAGUGAUGACAACGGCAAUGGGAACGAGGAUGGGGAACUAUUCGAGUCCACAAUUAGGCCUGGGAUGAAAAGGGAGUUUGCUAUGAUGAUGAAGGCUCAAGCGGAAAGUGGGAUUUUUUUCGGUCGGGAGAGAGUCACUAGGUUGAAUAGCCCUUUUCGGCAGGGGAGACUCACAAGGUCUCAAAAUAGUCCUUUGGGGCAAGGGAGAGUCACAAGAUCUCAGAAUAGUCCUUUGAUUAAGAAAAGCCCAGGGAAAAAUGGUGACUAUUUUAAGAAGGGUAGAGUAAAGAGUUCUGAUAUGAGGAAGAAGAAGAAGAUUGAGGAUGAGAAUGUGAUUGCUGGUGAAGUCAAUGAUGUUGAAAUGCUGGGGGAUGAUGGAGAACAAAAAGGGUCAGUUGCUGCGGAGGAAGAAGAAGUAAAGAGUGAUAUCGUGGACGGAAAUAGUGACGAUGAAAAGAAGCAGCAUCAGGAUAGAUUACUGGAGGUAAACGAGAUUGUGGAUAACCAGGGGACGGAAAAUCGCCGUGGAAAAGAGAAUUUAACCAGUGAAGCUAAGGAUGGGAUUGUGGAGUAUAUGAAUGAAGAUGCACCGGUGCUAGAAGAGGAGGGCGGGGUGAAGGUUGACUCUGAUUCUGUUGCUGAAGAAGCUCCUGAAUCUCUGGAGAAGCUAGGAUUUGAAAAUGAAGGUGCAGAUUCUGUUGAAGUGGACAUUAGGGAUCCUGCUGUGGAAAAUAACCUUCCUAAGGAUGGGAUUUCGAAAUGUGUUUGCGAAGAUUUAAUUGUGCUGAAAGAGGACCUUGGGGCCAAAAAUAAAGCUGUUUUUUUUGGUGAAGACGCUCCUGAAUCGGUGGAGAAGGUAGUACCAGAAGGUGAAAACGGAGAUUCUGUUAAAGUUGCCGCCUCAGAUAUUGGAACUCCUGUUUUGCCGGACAAUGGUGUUCCUGAGAGAACUUAUGUCAGGCGGUUUACUCGAUCAUUAUUGAAGUCAAAGGUAGAGGAAGUUCCAAAGCAGUCAGGGACAGGAUGGAUGGUGAAUGAAGCAUUUUUUAGGUCGACUCUGGUGCCUGAAGAGGAGAGAGGGGUCAAGGUUGACUCUGACUUUGCUGCUGUAAAAGCACCUGUAUCAGUGGGGAAGGUAGGACUUGAAAGUGAAGAUGGAGAAUCUGUUAAAGUCGUGGCAUUUGACGCUGGAACUCCUGCUACGGACAAUCGCUUUCCUUUGCAAUAUGCCAGACGGUUUACACGUUCAUUAUUGAAGCCGAAGGUGGGAGUUCCAGAGCAGUCGGGGGCAGAAGAGAUGGUGGAUGAAGAAGUUUCAGAGGGUAGAACCUUAGCUUCUACGUCUUGUUCGUGCAAGCUUGAAAUGAAAAUGUCGAAGAAGGUUGAGCUGAGAAAAAAACCUUCCAGAUUGAAAGACCUUCUCGACACUGGUCUACUAGAAGGCAUACCUGUGCGAUAUGUUCGUAGCUCAAGGAUUAGUAAGUCUGGGGAAGCUGGUUUACGUGGAGUGAUUCAGGGCUCCGAGAUUUUGUGCUUUUGUGAUGAUUGCCGGGGAAUUCGAACUGUCACGCCUGCUCAGUUUGAGUUGCAUGCCGGUAGUUGUAAUAAACGCCAACCAGAAUUCAUUUAUUUGGAGAAUGGGAGAUCCCUGCGGGAUGUUUUGGAUGCCUGUAAGAAUGCUUCGUCUGAUUCAUUGGAGCAUGCUAUUGGGGUUGCUAUUGAUUGCACAGUUACAAAACGUCCUAUCUUUAGUGGGGAGUGCAAAGGUCCAACCAGCUCUAAUGGCACCGUGAUGAGUGAUUCUUGUGGCUCAAAAGGGGAGUCUCAGCAGGAGACUACUGAGUCAAGUGAUAUUAACGGCAGGUCACCUGUAUCUGUCUCAAGUACGAAAUCACAUGGUAAAGUGUCAUGCAUACGCUCAAAACCUCAAACCCAAGGAAAGCUCACGAAGAAGGAUUUGGGAUUGCACAAGUUAGUUUUUCAGUCAAACUAUCUUGAGGAAGGAGCUACAUUAUCGUAUUUUUUUCAUGGAAAGCUAUUGAAUACAGGCUACAAGAGUGGCUCUGGAAUUUUUUGCAACUGUUGCAAUCAAGUGGUGAGUCCAUCAGUGUUUGAGGCUCAUGCUGGUUGUGCAUCCCGCCGUAAGCCUUACCUCCAGAUAUUCACAUCCAAAGGGUUAUCCCUUCAUGAGGUAUCUUUGGCGAUAAAAAAAUAUUUGAAAGACGAAUCAACAGAUCAGAAUGACAAAUCAACAGAUCAAAGUGAUGAUGUCUGCUCAAUAUGUGAAGGCAUGGGGGAACUUCUGUGCUGCGAUAUUUGCCCAAGGGCUUUUCACCUUGAAUGUCUUAAUCUUGCAAGCGUCCCUGAGGGUGAUUGGUCUUGCCGAAAUUGUUCGAUUUCAUCCCAGAUGAAUAUGGAUGCAAAUGAAAAUGCACUUGCUGCUGGAAGAUGUCCUGGAAUUGAUCCAGUGGAAGAAGUUAGAAAGCGGUGUGUUCGCAUUGUUGGGGCUAAAGAACCUGAUGUUGGGGGAUGUGUGCUUUGCAGGGGUCAUGAUUUCAGCAAGGGUGAAGGUUUCAACCCUCUUACGGUAAUUAUUUGUGAUCAGUGUGAAAGGGAGCAUCAUGUUGGUUGUUUGAAAGAGCAUGGGAUUGAUGACUUAAAGGAAUUGCCAAAGGAGAAGUGGUUCUGUUGCAGAGAAUGCAGGAGCAUCCAUGCUUCACUUCAGCAGCUUGUAAAUGAUGGAGAAAAGCAGCUUCCGGACCACCUGCUAAGUAUCAUAAGAAAGAAACAUGAAGCUGAUGCUGGCUCUGACCUUAGUUCUGAACCAAAUGUCUCAUGGAGACUUUUUCAAGGGAAAAUGGCUUCUGAUGAGGACAAAAAAUGGUUGUCCGAUUCUCUCUCUGUCAUUCAGGACCGUUUUGAUCCCAUUGGUGAUCCGAAGAAAGAGGGGGAUGAUCUUAUUCGUUCCUUGAUUUUUGGGGAAAGCUUUAGAAAUCAAGAUCUGGGAGGAAUGUUCGCUGCAAUGUUGAUUGUAAACUCUAGGGUAGUUUCGGCUGGAGUUUUUCGUAUAUUCAGCCAGGAAGUGGCUGAAAUGCCUCUAGUUGCAACGUUUAACUCAUGUCAAGGAAAGGGAUAUUUUCGGGCAUUAUUUAGUUGUAUCGAAAACAUCCUGAAAUCGUUAAAUGUUAGAGACCUGGUGCUUCCAGCUGCCCAUGGAGCGGAAUCCUUAUGGUUGGACAAGUUAGGUUUUGUGAACAUAAGUGCUGAACAAGUCAGUCUCCCUUUUCCUCUUGCUUCCCUUUUGCCUACGUGUUAAAUUAGAUUGACAAACUCACUCUAGUUUGUCAUUUGUCUUUCAGCUGAAGAGAUAUAAACGGGAUUAUCAAAUGAUGAUGUUCGAAGGGACAGCUGUUUUCCACAAGACAUACUCGGAGCAGUCAUCAACCUAAAAUGUCUGCUGUGCCGUGGGAGUAGGAUAGGGCAUCUUUAUUUAGUUCUUUUGCUCAACAAAUGGAGUUGGAUGUUGAUUAUGGUAGAUGUACAGGGAUGGAGUAGACGUUUUUGGGGCUGCUCCUUUACAGAUUGUGUAGAUAAAAGAUUUACGGUUAGCAAAGAUAUUCCGGACAGAUGACAAGAGUAGUAAACUAAACUUGUUGACGAAAUCUUUAUAGCGCUAUAUUGACUACAUAGGUCAGGACUCUGUAUAGGAGGUGCUAUAGUCGCCCUAGCUAAAGACAAUCGGUGAUUCUUUUUGGCAACUGUACACAGUUAGGUUAUACUAGUGGUUUAACCAUAGUUUUUGAAGUCUGGAAACGUGGAUUGGAUUCUGCACAUUCUUUUUCUCUCCUUUUUCAGUUUAUUGAAAUAAACAAAUAUCGCAAUUUGUCCCUUCACAAAUUAGAUGGCAUGAAUGAUGUGUUCGUUUGUAAUGGUAGUAGGGAAUGAAAUCGUGAU